CGUCCUGUACCAUCUCUCUGCGUCCUCUCUCCUCCCCACGCAGCCCCAAGAGUUCAACGGAUCUUGAACAAACCCAAUCCACUGCAUCAUACUAGAAAACGGGUAAUUGAAGCGAUCUCUGAGCCACUCGUAUAAGAGGGGAUCCAGUACCAGGUUUCGCAGUUACACAUCGAAUUGCAGCAAUAGACAAGACAGGAUGAUUCUAACACCAUCCAUGGCGCCUCCGCCCGCCUUCAACUCUGCUACGCCAUCCGCACACGGCACGCGACCUGCUGUGGUGCAGCCACCCCUCACCCAAGCAUCUGCGAAGGCUCCGGUUCGCAAAGAGGAUCCACAAUGCUCAGACGCAAGCCUAUCACACCUGAAAAUCCCUUAUGUGCUUCUAGACGCUUCGGUGGUGACGCAUACCAUGGCAGCGAGGCUGGCCAUGUCACUGCUAGGCCACAUUCUCUUCCUCAAGAGCCAGAUUCCUUUGUGCGCACAUUCCGUUUCCUUUCUAUUUCGAGACGCUUAUCUCCGCCACAGCCCGGUGGUCCAGCUUGCCCGCAUGCCAGGUGGACGGUCCGAUACACGGGCAGCGAAGCGCCGAAAUGACCUCCUGGCCACAAUCGACACGCUAGAGUCUCAUAUGCACACGACAUUUACCGCUCUGUCUACUGCGCUCGCCCGUCGCAAGUCUCGAGAUGAAGAUGUUGCUUUGCCUUCGACGGGUACGGCGCAUCUAGCCUUUGUGCUUGGGCCGAGUGUCGGAGCUGCUCGUGCGCGGAUCGUAUACACUGUCAACGGCUUGGAAGUCAAAGUGUGGGGUGAACGAGACGAUAUUCCGGGUCCAUCUAGACAUCCACGGGCAGAGGAACCCGAUGCCGAUGACAGCGAAGAAGAGGAGGAAGCCGAAGACGACUCAGAUGAACAGAGCGGAAGCGGAGACGAAGAGUCCGAAGAUGACGCCGAAAACGCAGAGGAUUCAGACGUGAGCGAUGAGGAAUCUCCGUCCGGGCCGCCAUCGUCGCGGUCACCUUCACCUUCACCCCCAGCUUCCCGCUCCCAGUCGCACACAUCGUCGCCGACACGAGAGUUGUCAGAGAACGUUGCCCCACCACCAGCGCCUCGACGCGCCUCGGCGUCGCCACCGGGUCAAGUAUCCAGUCAGACAUACGCGGAAGAACAACAGAGUCUACGCACUGCGGAACGACUUCUCUCGCGAACCCUCGCGAAUGCUUGCGCAGAAGACGGCGGGGGCAUGUCCUCUGAGCUUGCCCCGACGCAAACCCACAUUCUACUCCGCGCACCGAGGCGAUUCGCGCACCCUGCGUGGAUCCCGAGGCAAAACCUGACACGUUCGCUUGAAGGGACACUCCAAUCUUUCCUCGAUGAUGCGUGUGCCGCGGACGACGCUGCACAGACCAAGAAGAAGGGCAUCGCAAGAGGAGCCAAGACAGAGGGUGUCUGGGUAGGGUGCAGUAGCUCGAAUCUCGCUGCUGGCAUGCAGCUUGGCAGCGACGUUGACGAGGAUGAGGAAGACGAGAUGAUCUGGUGGGUAUGGGACGGAAAGAUCGUUGGGUUCUCAGACUGGUGAACCCAGUUUGAAUACCACGAGGCGACGAUCUGAUUUAAUUUGGCUCGUCGUGGAGGACCGACACAGAUCGCACAUUGUUACCACACGUAUCCCUUGCCUGUACAUAUACCCCGCAGUGACGAAUACGGGAUGGUUCACAUCUAGGCAAGAUUCCUUACUAAGUACCCUGGCGCGUCCGGGUCAGAUAAGGAUAUCCUGAGGCACGAAGGUGUAAGGAAUUGUCCGUCUGCCUGGGGAGACCAUUGGGAGACCAGCUCAAUGAUUGUGAUGUCGUAAGUACAGAACUAUGCACUGACAUAGUACUGGCA